AUGAAUACCACCCUCGACGGGCUCAGGGCCGCUGCUGAGCGCAUUGCCCUUGACCCACGAUAUCACGAUGUCCUUGCCAUCCUCAAGGGCGCGCGCAACGGUGCCGUCUACGGCACCAAGCAUGAUCUUUCUCUUUCGUUCCGGGACGUACGUAUUGCCUGUUCGCCCUCACGGUCCCCCCCUGUUCCACUUUGGCCCCAGCUGACGAUCACCAGACUGCGCGAAAAAACCGGCCUCGUUCUCCGCGCUACUCGCACCCACGCCAGCAAUUUGGCCCGCUUUGCCAUUGUCUACAAAACUACCUGUCUUCUAUUGAGACAGCUUCGGGACGGAAAAGAGGGCAAAUAUGACAGCUUCACGGCUGGUCUCCUCGGUGGCUAUCUCAUCUUCGGCAGCCGAUCACCGUCUGGUAAGGUCAGCUCUGUGAACAUGCAGAUCUGCAUCUACGUCUUUGCCCGCGUCGUCUUGGCCCUCGCACGCCUCUCUGUCAAGCCCGACAUCGGCCUCCCUCUCGUGUCGCAGCCAGAGCUAUCACAGCGUAUCAGCUACUAUGCAUGGCCAGCCUUUGCGGCCGGCAGUUGGGCCAUGGUGAUGCACCUCUUCCGGCACCACGAUGUCGAAAUCCAGUCGAGCCUGCGCAACAGUAUGAACUACAUCUACGUCCAGAGCAACGACUGGGACAGCCUGCGGACCCUGCUAUGGCACAAUAAGUGA